AUGUCAAGCUCCGACCCUAAAAAAUCGACGAAACUCCAGAGCCGCAACUUUCCAUCAACUUCACCCGAUGCCGAUGGUGUCAACGAAACAUCCGACAUGACGGAAAAGACAAGGGCCGCUAAGACUAUCGUCUUCCUCCACCCCGACCUAGGGAUCGGCGGCGCUGAGAGAUUAGUUGUUGACGCGGCGGUCGGAUUGCAGAAUCGAGGGCACAAGGUUGUUGUUUUUACUAGUCAUUGCGAUCCGAAACAUUGCUUUGACGAGGCGAGAGAUGGAACCCUCGACGUCCGCGUCCGCGGCAACACCAUCGUACCGCCGUCCAUCCUCUCGCGCUUCAUCAUCCUCUGUUCCAUCCUACGACAACUACACCUCAUAAUCCAGAUCUUCCUGUCCGCGGAGCUGCACUCCCUGCGCCCCGACGCCUUCUUCGUCGACCAGCUCAGCGCCGGCGUGCCCCUCCUGCACCUCGUGUACCCGCGCGCCCGCGUCCUGUUCUACUGCCAUUUUCCCGACCUGCUAUUGGCGCAGGGCCGGCAGCGCUGGUGGAAGCGCGCGUACCGCGUGCCGUUCGACGCGUGGGAGCAGUGGAGCAUGAGCUUUGCCGACGCGGUCGCUGUCAACUCCCGGUUUACCAAGGGCGUCGUGGGCCGCACUUGGCCGGCGUUGGUGCAGGGGGGCCGAGGGCGAGGGCGAGGCAUGGAGUUGCAGGUUGUGUAUCCGUGCGUCGACACCAAGGAGAAGGAUAUGCGGGAGCACGCGAAGCCCCUGUGGAACGGCAAAAAAUUCCUUCUCAGCAUCAACCGCUUCGAGCGCAAGAAGGAUAUCGCGCUUGCUAUACGCGCCUUCGCUGGCUUGUCCCCGCACGCUCGUAAAGAUGUGCGGUUGGUUGUGGCGGGAGGCUACGACCCGCGCGUUGCGGAGAACGUUGGGUAUCAUAAGGAACUUGUCGAGCUAUCCGAGACUCUCGGGCUGCGCUGCAUGACAGCCAAGACUCACGUUACCGCCCUCGAGAUCCCCGACGACGUACAAGUGCUAUUCCUGCACUCGGUGCCGAACCUGCUAAAAGCAGCGCUCCUCGCCUCAGCCCGCCUGCUCGUGUACACCCCCGCGAACGAACACUUCGGCAUCGUGCCCCUAGAAGCCAUGCUCGCAGGCGUCCCGGUGCUAGCCGCCGACACAGGCGGGCCGACCGAGACGGUUGUCGAGGGCGUGACGGGGUGGCUCAGGUCGCCUGCCGACGUGGCGUCGUGGACCGAAGUCAUGGAUAACGUGCUCAACCGCCUAUCUCCCGACGAGCUCGCCGCUUUAUCAAAGGCGGGCGUCUCCCGCGUAAAAGAGAAUUUCGGUGAGGCGCACAUGGCGAAACGGCUAGACGAUAUCGUGGCGCAGAUGAUUGACGCGCCUCGGACGUGGUCGUGGAGGCCGACGGCAGCGGCGCUUGGGUUGGGGGCCGUGGGUGUUUUGGGGUUUGUGGUGGCGGUUGUGGGGAGGGCUGUUGUGGUAUCGUCUUAG